UUACUUUACCUUAUUUUUAUCUUCAUAAUUUUGAUAACUAAGUAAAUUUUGACAAUUUUGCGAAUGAUAUCUGUGAUUUGCAGUUUUCGGUAACUGAGCGCUACUGAAUCCCUUUUAAAUUUACUUGUAUUCUUCUCUUCUCAGUGUAAACCGUGCAGGCAAACGGAGAGUUACGACGUAAGACGGUAAGACUGUGGACACGGAUGCUCUGCUUCAGCCUUGCUCCCGGGUUUCUCUCAUAAGAUUCCAGGUGUGAAUUCUUCAGAGAGCGGAAUAAAACGAAAUGGAAGUACCACACGUGACGGAUUCGGAGCUCCACGUGAACAGUGUAAUCCAGAGUGUUUUCCUCAUUGCUCUGGAUUCGCGAUACCUCGGACAGGGCAGUCCCGAAGUGGUCGUUCAGCUGCGCAGCUCCAUGGACCAAAAGCCGAUCUUAGAUCUGGAAAAUGUGACACAUGCAUUUUUCGAACGACUUUUGAUGUCGGCAGGAGAUCUGCUGCAUAAUCAAGUGAAGAACACCAGUCGACAGCCGAAGCUGUGUUUUGGCAGGCCUGAUCAGGCGGAUGUGAUCGAGUAUCUGGGCGAAUGUUUCAUCCGACUGACGGCGGAACGGACCAUUCCCGCCCACGCUGGCCUCCAGGAUCUGUUCCAGCGACUGGAAGAGUUGAUCUUCCAGAAUCUGCGUUUGGGAUUUCAGGAGCCGCAGCUGUUUGAACAACAGAAUCUGCCUAAACAAUUCUACGAAUUUUUUGUCAAUCGCAUUGAUCAGUUUGGAGAGCAGAUUUCGGCGUUCGCUCACCAGUUUCUGAACACAACGCCGGAUUUUGAUGCGGUGAGUGCGGGAAAGUCAAUUCUUGAUGUGGCGCUGGAGCGGUCCAAUCCCCUCCAGCUAAUGAAUCUGGACAGUAGCCUCGCAGGCAUUCUCCAUCUAAUGACAGUCUUCUCCGCGAAUCCCAACACCGCAAAGAUUUUGAUGCUGCACAGCACCCCGCCGAAUCAUCGUGAUGCCAUGGGAUGUGAGUUAUCGCUACUCGGACGAAUUAUCCGUAUUUCUUGUCUGCCCGAGCACAAUGACGCGCCGUGCCAGUUCUUUCAGAAUCCCAUGAAGCUCAGCCAUUCGGAAAUUGCUAACACGAAUGGAUACAUCUGGUCUAAUACGGUGCGCAUAGCGGAGGCUGUGUUUAAGAUUAUGAAUAAUGUUGUCCGUCAGUCAGCGGAACUGCGAGAAAUGCUCCUGCACUGGAUUGCGGAUACGUUAAGCGCCAAUUUUGGCCGCGCAAAAAUGUGGCAGCCGUCGCUGCAGUUCCAGAUCCGUCUGGCGUCUGAUGGAUUUAUUCUGAAUUUAUCCGCUAUUCUGUUGCGUCUCUGCCGACCAUUUGUUAAUCCGCCGAAGAAUGGGAAAAUUUUAAAAAUCCAUCAUUUGUUCACGGCUUCGGGGGCAUAUUUGCGCAAAUUGCCAGAAGAAACCACGCUGCAACCAAAAGAGAAUACUCCGCCUUAUGAAUUGCCCAAGGAGUUUAAUUUUAUCACUUCGUGCUUUUUUCUCACCCACGAAUCAUUGAGACUCGGUUGGGCUUUAUUAUGGGAUCGUUUUACCAAAUAUAGCCGGAUGGUGCAUGAUUUGGAAGGGCACUUGGAAGAAGCACGCCGAGUGGACAAUGGAGCGGCUGUCGCGCAGAUCGAGCGCCGGUUGGGAACACUCGCCACCCGGCAUCUGACCAUUCUUGCCUCGUUAACCCUCCCCGAGCACAUGGAACUGAUGAUCGAGUUUGCUGUUUGCACGUCGACAUGGUUGGCGCAGAUGGCAGUGCAACCCGAAAACGUUCCUUUCAGUGCUACUCCGACCAGUUAUUAUCCUCUGUUCCCGUUUCCAGUUAAAGUUCCGCCCCAUUUACAGUUCGUCCCCGAAUUUUUAGUGGAAAAUGUAUCCGAAGUGCUGAAUUGCUACGUUCGCCUGUUGUCAAGGGAAAUGCAGGUGGAUUGGAAGUUUGAGUGGAUGGAAGAGUUGAUGAGUUUGGCAAUCGUUUACAUGUCCGGCCAUGAACGCAUGCGAAACCCUCAUCUUCGCGCUAAAAUGGCAAUGCUCAUGCACAAUCUCAUGCCUCAUAAACGGUUUGCUGACACAUAUCAAGAACGGAAUGUGUCGAAAAUGGUUGAACUGAUGGAUGUGAUGAAAGAAAGAUUGUUCCGCGAUCACGAAUACAAACCAGAGUUUUUCCCUGCUGUUAUGAAUGUUUUCGUCAGUAUUGAAAUGACUGGAUCAAAUUUACGUUUUGGAGAAGCUUUUCACUACCGAAGACCAUUAUAUGCGAUUAUGGAAUAUUUAUUCACAUUGGACUACCAUAAGAGAAGAGUCGAAGAAGUGGCAGGGGAAGCUGUUGGAAAGCUAGAAGCGACCAAUCCACCGACUUUCCUUCGGUUUCUGAAUUUGCUUAUCAACGAUGCGACAUUUAUGUUGGACGAAGCUUUGAAUUACAUGUCCAAGCUGAAGAUUUUAGAGGGUGAACGUGAAUCAUGGGCCGCUCUGCCGGAUGAACAGCGUCAGGAAAAGGAGCGUGAUUUUGAGCACCAGGGAGAUAUUGCUCGUUCUUACAAUGUUCUGGCUCGCGAAACAAUUCAGUGCCUCAAAAGCUUGACAAAUUUUAAAAAUCCUUCGCGAAUCCUUCUGAACGCUGUUAUGGUGGAUCGCUUAUCUUCUAUGCUGAACUAUUUCCUUCGUUUGCUGGUUGGACCGGAGAAACGACAGCAGUACCGCGUACAGGAUCUGAGUGCGUACAUGUUUGAACCAAAAGAUCUGGUGGCCAAAAUUUGUCGGAUCUACAGUAAUUUGGGCCGGCAUGACGCCCGCAAAGAUUUUCUUUUGGCAAUCUGUAAAGAUAAACGGUCAUACAAUCCGGAGCUCUUUCCCUUUGCCUGUGAUAUUCUGCGGCGUAUCAAUGAACCGGAGGUGUUCAUUGAUAGUCUGUGCCAGCUGGCUGAAGAUGUGAAGCAAGCGGAAGCUGCAGAGAACGAAGAAGACGAAUUGUUAAUGGAUGAGGAUGUGCCGGAUGAAUAUCUGGAUCCCAUAAUGUCACAUUUGAUGCGGGAACCGGUUCUGCUUCCCACUUCCGGGAAGAUUGUGGAUCGCUCGACCAUCGCCCGGCACUUGUUAUCCGAUCAGUCGGAUCCAUUUAAUCGGGGUUACCUUACGAUGGAUCAAGUCAAACCGGCUGACGAUCUGCGAGCAGAAAUUGAAGCGUGGAUAAAGCGUAGACGGGAAACGAAAUUAGCCAAGUGAUGGAAGGGCUUUUAAUUUUUCGACCAUGGAAUAAGCAGUUUUAAAUAGACUGAGGAUAAGGACAGGAAUUUUUGUUGUUCUGUGUUUUUGGUGCCUAUGCGGUGUAUGUAGCCAUAAGGCUACCUGGUACUGGUAAUUUUAGCUCUUUUUAUAUAAUUUUCUAAGCACAGAGACGAAAGUAGGAUUACGGAUUCGCUAUAAUAUAGACCCUGGUGAAGUUAUUUGUAAUUAAUAAUUUCGAUGAUAAAUGAUAAUAUCUCGUUUCAGUGUCGUUGCAAACACGUUAGUUCAAUUAAUGUGCAGAGAUGACCAGUGCAUCAUUGCAUGUAUGUCAUUAACCAUAUGCAAAGCGUUUAUAAUUAAGACUGAAUGUGAAAUAUGAGCAAAAACGUUAUGUCAUGCUUUUAGAGCUCAGCGCAAAAUAGCCACAACUUUCAAAUGGUAACGUCAAAUGAAAAGAAGUAUUCCAAGUACGCGGCGCAAUGUUCCUAAUACUAUUCAAUACUCGUACUAAUCACUAAAAAAAUAGAAGCGAAUUUCUUCAUUAACCCCACAAGUCCCCACUGAAUAAUGACCAUAAAUAUUUACAGGCUAUAUAACAAUCACAAUUUUGCCCUUGGAACCGGAACCAUGGUCG